AUGGCCUCCUCGUCCUCCUUCUCGCAGGCCGACUACGUGCGUGGCGGCCGUCCGCGCAGGCCGACCACGUCCCGCACCCGCAGGCUCCCCGUCGUCGCCGCCCCCGUGCCCGAUGCCCGGUACGCGUCGACCUCGGUUCAGUGCCGGAACAGCUUCACGACGAAGCGCGCGGCUCCGACGACUCCUUCGCCUGCCGUCAACUGCUCCUUUCCCGCCGCGCUUGCCUUGACGUCCUCGUCCUGGGCGGCGGCUCCGACCAGGCCGACGCCCCAAGCGCGGGCGCGGCCGAGGGCGUUUUCCUCAUCGACGGGGACUUCGGCUACGUUUUCCUCAUCGAUUUCCGCCACCGGUGGGGCGGUUUCGAGGGAGAUCUUCGCCCCCCUGUCUACCACUCCCGUUCCGCCCUCGAUGACAGUUCUUCCAGGAGCUACUCCCCCGCUCGGCUCGAUGGCUAGCUCGGCGCCCACCUCCUCCUCCUCCUCCUCCUCCGUGCAUGCGCAGACCAAUGCUUACGCCACGGACCAAGCAGAAGCAGGGCCUGCUUCAUCUUUUCCGCCUGCGGUGUGGCCGUCAGAAUGGUGGCCAAACCCCGGAGACAUGUUUGCCAUGCCCUUCACGGAGGAAAACGAAGAGCUCCAGGACGGCGGCAUUCAGGAAGAUGACGACGCAGAGCGGCUCGAGUUAAUGAGGUCUUCCUGCCGCUUCGUCCGCCUCGAUCCCUGCCUGCCGCGCGUGGCCGCCCUGCCGCGUGGCCGCUCUGCCCUCCGCUCUGCUCCCCGCGUGCCGCCCCGACGCCUCGCGUCUACUUUCCGCGCCGCAGGCUUCGGCUGCGUCGCCAGCCCGUCUGCCCCUGCUUGCCGCUCUGCUCCCCGCGUGCCGCCCCCGACGCCUCGCGUGGCCGCCUGCCCGUCUGCCCCUGCUGCCCGUCUGCCGCUGUGCGUGGCCGCCCCGACGCCUCGUGUGGUCGCCCCGACGCCUGCCCGUCUACUUUCCGCGUCGCAGGCUUUGCUGCGUCUCCAGAUUGGGCCGCCUGCUCUUCUCGAUCGGUCCAGCAGUUUGAUUUCAAUCUGA